GUCGAUAGGGGGGGAGGGGGGCGGAGUGCCCUAACUCAACCGUCUCCCGCUUCCUUUCCUCUCUCGAAAGCUUCUCGCUGCUCUCCUGGGCAUUUGCCUCUUUCUGCUGUCGCGAGCUUACGAUUUGCGCAACCCCUGGCUUCAGGGUUUUGCUCUGCUGAUUGUGACCAUGGCUCUCGCCUUCGAUGAGUAUGGCCGUCCCUUCAUUAUCAUUCGCGAUCAGGAGACCAAGUCUCGCGUUCGCGGGCUCGACGCUCAGAAAGCCAAUAUUAUGGCUGCCAAGGCUGUAGCGCGCGUCCUCCGCACUUCCCUUGGCCCUAAUGGCAUGGACAAAAUGCUCCAGAGCCCUGAUGGAGACGUCACUAUCACGAACGAUGGUGCAACCAUUCUGGAGCAAAUGGAAAUCGAGAAUCAAAUUGGAAAGCUGAUGGUGGAGCUUUCUAGAAGCCAAGACUACGAGAUCGGCGACGGUACUACUGGCGUUGUUGUCCUUGCGGGUGCUCUACUGGAACAAGCAGAAGUUUUGUUGGAAAGAGGGAUUCACCCCAUCCGUGUCGCAGAGGGAUAUGAAAUGGCGUCGAAGCUGGCAGUGGAAAACCUUACUCGCAUUGGACAAACUUUUGAAUUUAGUCCCGACAACAUUGAACCUCUUGUGCAAACAUGCAUGACCACGUUGUCUUCUAAAAUAGUUGGCCGUUGCAAGCGACAAUUAGCAGAAAUUGCAGUGAAGGCUGUCCUCGCAGUAGCUGACCUUGAGAGGUCAGAUGUCAAUCUUGAUCUUAUCAAAGUGGAAGGAAAGGUAGGCGGAAAGCUAGAAGACACCGAACUUGUAUAUGGAAUAGUUGUUGAUAAGGAUAUGAGUCAUCCUCAAAUGCCGAAGGAGAUUAGAGAUGCAAAAAUUGCCAUUCUAACUUGUCCAUUCGAGCCCCCUAAGCCUAAGACCAAGCAUAAAGUGGAUAUCGAUUCGGUGGAGAAAUUUGAGGCCUUGCAGGCGGCUGAGAAGUCAUACUUCAAUGAGAUGGUUCAGCAAUGCAAGGAUGCUGGUGCAACCCUAGUUAUUUGUCAAUGGGGUUUUGAUGAUGAAGCCAAUCAUUUGUUAAUGCAUGAAAAUUUGCCAGCAGUACGCUGGGUUGGAGGAGUUGAGCUGGAGCUUAUUGCUAUUGCUACAGGUGGCCGGAUUGUUCCAAGGUUCAAAGAACUUACGCCUGAGAAGCUUGGUAAGGCUGGUCUCGUGAGAGAGAAGGGUUUUGGAACCACUAAAGAUCGGAUGCUCUACAUUGAGCAGUGCGCAAAUUCCAGAGCUGUCACUAUCUUUAUACGUGGUGGUAACAAGAUGAUGAUUGAGGAAACCAAAAGGAGCUUGCAUGAUGCCUUGUGUGUGGCUCGUAACCUGAUUCGGGACAAGGCCAUAGUAUAUGGUGGCGGUGCUGCUGAAAUCUCAUGCUCUCUUGCCGUGGAGGCUGCUGCUGAUAAGAUAUCCGGUGUUGAGCAGUAUGCUAUGCGAGCCUUUGCAGAUGCGCUAGAUAUGGUCCCUAUGGCUCUGGCAGAGAACAGUGGCUUGCAGCCUAUCAAUACAUUAACUGCUGUGAAAGCUCAGCAAGUGAAGGAGCAGAACCCUCAUCUGGGAAUCGAUUGCAACGACGUUGGAACGAAUGAUAUGCGCGAGCAAAAUGUUUUCGAGACUCUGAUUGGGAAGAAGCAACAAGUCUUAUUGGCAACUCAGGUGGUGAAGAUGAUACUGAAAAUAGAUGACGUGAUUAGUCCUUCAUCAUAUUAAUUUCUUCAUGGUUCCGCUCAGGCUUGUUUUGACGAAAUUUCUAAUCAAGUUUUCUAGGAUUCUCUUCGUCUUUUCAAAGACGGCUGCACACUUCCUACGAGAUUUACUGAACAGAGAACAUGGACAAUUAACAAGCUCGGAGUUGCUAUUGGGUAUUCUUCUGUGAAACUGGAGGGGUGCUUCUAGCAAGAAUUUCUCUACUUGUGUUAAUUCCUUGGAAUCUAGGAUCUUUACUUGAGUUUCUGGCCUAAUCUUGCUUAAACUUCAAUUCUAUAAUAUGGUUGUGGAGGCUUUUAAGUACAGUGGCUUCGUACGAGCUACUUGUUUUGUUGAGCGGAUUGGAUCUAUUAAUGAUAUUCUUCUUAACUGUCU